AUUGUUUGACCUGACACUGACCGGCUGGACAGGAAACCAAACAAGGAAUCGGGAUUUGAACGAUCUUACGUGUCAUUCCCAGAGUUUCAGUGAUUUAGAAAUCCCCGGGAGGCUUUUGCUGAAACUGCUCUGUAAGUUUAAUUUAUUUUAAAGUACUUGUACACAGUCUGACAGUAGGAGCAGCUAGCCGUUAGCUCGUGUUUAAUAUCUGUAGAUAAAUAGAGGAGUUAUAGAGCUAGCUUUGCUAAAAUGAGUUAGCUACAGUCAGUGUUAGUUUAUUGUGCCAGAGUUCAAACAUGAGCACAGUUUGUUCUGUUUUACUAUCCGAACUCUUAGCCUGUAGUUUAGCCUCAUUCAUUCAUAAACUGUGGGCAUUUCACGGUGGAGUAAACUAAGCAAUGUUGUUUUACUCUGACCACUUUGGUAGCUCCUCUUAAAGUAUCUGCUCUUGUCUGUUUUCUCUUGUUAGUAUUUAAAUUAUAUCAAAAACCAAAAAAUACAAGCUUCCUCACACAACAGCACAGCCAGACCUUCAUAAAGAAUGAAUGAACUCAUGGGGCCUGAGAUGAGACCAUGAAUAAGAACCUCAGACAGUGAUCAUGAGAGGGUGAUGAAUGCUUUAUAAGUGUCACGAGAUCACCUGUUUUAUAAGUAAUGACAGUGAUGGACUCAUAAUUAAGAAGAAGAUGUAAAAAUAUAUCAAAUCCAUUCAAACCUUGGGUCUCCUCUCAGAAACACCUGCCUGUGGUAUCACAGCAAUGUUCAGGUUAGACCAGUUCAGCAGCCUGUAGAUCAGGAUCUGGACCCCCACAGAGACUCGGACAAGAGGGUACCUGUGAAGUCCAGCAAAAGACAGAUCCUGUUUUCAAUAACUGAUGGCGAUUAUUAGAGAGCAGGUCAGCUGAUGGCUGAUAUAGUAUAACACCAAUAAUACAUUGAGGUUGUUUUUUGUAGUGGUCGACUGAUUACAGAUAUUCAAGGGUCGAUGAUGAGUGAGCGGGUUGGCUGAUGGCCGAUAGAUAAUACUGAUAUCACACCUUUUCAUUUGUAUGUUUAACCUCAAUAAAUAUGAUGUAAUGAAUGUGAACAGAAUAAUAUGUGGCUCAGUGAAAUAUCACUGGGAGGUAGGACUGGGCGAUUUGGCCAAAAAAAUGAUCACAAUAUACUUUGUCAUAUUGUCCGAUCUCGAUUAUUAUCACGAUUACUUUUAAACUGCCAGUUUUAAAGCAUCUGUAUUCAAAACUAAAAAAUAAAUAGAUAAAUACUAAAUAUUAACUUUUCUUCUCAACAAUAACAUCUUUGGAGGAUGACUCAAAGUCAUGGCUGACAUCUAUUUUACUGCCCUCAGCUCCACGUUCGGUUACUCUGUUUACUUGUCCAGCAACUUACAGAAGUGAGCAGGAAAAGCUCGACUCUGAUUGGCUGUUGUGAUGCACAGUUUCGCCAAGUUUGAUCGAGUAAAAAAGCUCACAGCUGAUCACCGUGAUCGGACUGAAAUUUAUCCCGAUCAUUAACCCCGAUCAUAUAAUCGCCCCGUCCUACUAGGAGGGGCUUUUGGGUUUCUGUCCAGCAAUCUGAGACGUUUUCCUGCACAAUAGUAAUGAGUUUGAAUUAAAACACAAACAAGUAACAGUUUUAGAUUAUUAUAUCCUGUUAAUGAGAGAUUAGAAAAAUGCAUUUUUAAUAGGUGAGAAGGUUACAGUGGUUUCAGCCUUGUGAGCGCCAAAGCUGAUACGACAUGUCAAUAUGUUGAUAAAUCAAUCUUUCAUUAAUUUUUUAUUUUUAAUUUUUUUUUUUUUUGCAUUUUACAGAUGAUGAAGAUUUUACAAUAUUAGUCAUUUUUAUGUUUAAAUUAAAAUCAAGUCAUCCUGUCUAUAAACAUGUGUUAUAAUGAUUGUAUUUUUUUGUUCUUAGAUUCUGUUCAGUCUAUUUUUUUACUUCUGUGUCAUAAAUAUUACAAUAAAUAAGAAAAUACCUUUUUGAAUUAAAUCAUGAUGAAGAAAAAGAAACUUUUUCACACCUGCUUAUAUUUCUAAAGUGAUACAUGUUUGCAAUGCAGGUUGUAGGUAACUUUGGGCUUCUGGAGACCCAGUUUGGGGUUUUAUAACAGUUCAUCAAACGUUUUCAUAAAGGCUUUAAUUCACAGUCUCAGAGUGAACACCCAAAAGACUCUAAGAUCACAGAAGCCAGCAUAUCGUACCUGAAGUUGCUGCUGCGUCCUCCUGGGUCACUGUGACUCUCCUCUCUCCUCUCAGGCUGGUUGCUGACUUGUCAUUAAUGAGGUAACGGUAACGCUCGCUAACAGCUGAGAAAAUGAAGGCUCUGAUCCUGGUGGGUGGGUACGGGACCCGACUGCGACCUCUCACCCUGAGUGUCCCCAAACCGCUGGUGGAGUUCUGCAACAAACCCAUCCUGAUGCACCAGGUGGAGGCACUGGUGAAGGUAAGGAGGUGCACUUUCAUUUUCCUCCUGUUGAAGAAUCUCUAAAGUCAGAAGGUUUCUGCUUUGACAGACAAACGAGGGGCGUUCUCCUCUCUCCUGCUGCUUUCUGAUAACUGUUAUUUUGUGUUUUUGUGCACACAGGCCGGGGUGACCCAUGUUAUUCUGGCUGUGAGCUACAUGUCAGAGCUGCUGGAGAGAGAGAUGAGAGUCCAGGAGGAGAGAGUACGUAUGACAAAAUAUCACAGCAGUGAUGUACCGCAUACAUACGACUCAUAUGGAUGUUAAAAAAAACCUUUUCUCUACAGUUAACUAAACAUACUUUUUAGACAUAGAACAGGAAACAGGUCUGUGAAGUCAUUGGACAUUUUAAUCCUCCAGAUAGAUUGUUUAUGAAUAUUUUAUCCUCUUUGAGAUGUUUCCAGUUCAUCGAAUUAAGAUUUCAGUUCUAAUUCUUCAGAUUUGUGAAUGUUUGUCUGUUUUGUCCUCAGCUCGGGAUUCGUAUUUCUCUGUCUCAUGAAAAGGAGCCUCUGGGAACAGGUGAGCGUCUUUGUCUUUAAAGUUGUUUUUGUUUGAGCUCUUUCCAACAUUUUGCAUAAUUUGAUUAUUUGACAUCAGGUUAUUUAUUUAUUUAUUUUUAACUCAGAGUGAUCAUGGAGAUAAUUUCAUUAUGAUGUAAUUGUUUAUAUCUUUUUUGACUUAUUUUCAAUAGUUUGGUAGUUUUAUACACUUAAAACAACAAGGUAAUCAGAAGUACGCCUGUUCUGAUCAGUUAUUGAAAAUUCUUUCCUUUCAAAAAAUAAAGGACAACUGUAGACUUGUUGUAUUGUGCCACUGAUGAUAUAAAACCAGGACUGGGUCUGUAUCUUCUGUCUGCUCUGGCCUUAUGUUCUUGGUUGUGUAGCUGCAGCUUGUCGCAGGCAGACUCCGACUGAAUUUCCGAUCUAAUAAACACAAAUGUGUGAAAUGAAAAUGUUUGUCUCUGUCUGCAGCCGGACCCCUGGCUUUGGCUCGAGAGCUUCUGAAUGUUGACAACGAGCCGUUCUUCGUCCUCAACUCAGACGUGAUCUGUGAUUUUCCCUUCAAGGACCUGCUGCAGUUCCACCACAACCACGGCAAAGAGGGGACCAUCGUGGUAAGAGAGAGAGAGAGAGAGAGAGAGAGAGAGAGGGAGAGAGAGAGAGAGAGAGAGAGAGAGAGAGAGAGAGAGAGAGAGAGGGAGAGGGAGAGGGAGAGAGAGAGAGAGAGAGUCAAAUUGCUUAUACACAACUGUGUUUCGUGUGUCCACGUGUGAUGUUGUGUGUGUGUGGUUGUGAAGGUCACACGAGUUGAGGAGCCAUCAAAAUACGGAGUGGUCGUGUUUGAGACGGACAGCGGACGGAUUCAUCGUUUCGUAGAGAAGCCUCAGGUCUUUGUGUCCAACAAGAUCAACGCUGGCAUGUACAUCUUCAAUCCCAGCAUGCUCAGCAGGAUCCAGGUCAGUCUCUCUCUUACACACACACACACACAGACACCUGUAUUUAAAGCUGUGCCAUUACAUGUAGUAUAUUUAUGACUUUUUCUGUGAACAGCUGAGACCGACCUCCAUAGAGAAAGAGAUUUUUCCCGUCAUGGCUCAGGAGGGACAUCUGUACGCCAUGGAGCUUCAGGGUAACUAUAAUUACUACUAACAACGCAAGAGCCACAACAAAAUCUACAAUAAGUGUUUCAUUUAUUCAAAGAUGCGUCAGUUUAAUAUUUUAAAUGAUUAUUUCACCUGUAAAUAAACUGACUCACUCACUGAUGUUGGAUAGAUGUUCAGUGUUAAGGCACCAGCAGCAGCAGAUUCAGCCAGUGUCACGGUCCUCAGGUCUCCUAACCGUCUGUCUGUGAACACACGUCCUCAUUAGACAAAGAGGAUUUUUGUAUUUAGAGGUGAGUCUUCUGACCCCUGUUUGGCUUAGCUGUCAAACUGUGAGCCCCCUACACAGAGGCUGCAGUCCUCAUCACAGUGGUCCCAGGUUCAACUCUUAGUCUUAGUCCUUCAAUGGAUGUCUUCCCCAAGCUGAGGUGAGACUCCAACAAAAGCGUAAAAUCACAAAAAAAAAAAAAACAGUAAAAAAGUGAGCUGUUCCACUGUCAGGCAGAUGUUUUUAUUUUUUUUACUUUUGAAUUAAGUCUCAAUGAUUAGACACCAACUAAAAAUGUUCCUGAUUGAUUUUUAGUUUAGAUACAGAUUCAGUUUUGGUCACUGAGAAACUCCAGAGCUGAAAAAAAAAGAAUUUAAAGGGAAAUUUCAGUUUUUAUGAAAUAAGGUGGUAUGAGUUUCUGGCAACAUUUCUAAGUAGUGUGUACACUUGAACUGAGGUGAGUGGUUGGAUCAGGGUCUCCUCAAGUUUAGCUAAAUAAUUUGGCCGAUUCAGCUCCAUCUGCUGAAAUCUGAACCGUACUUAUGGACCAUCUCUCAGCUGUUUCUGGCAUCCAUUGCUGCGAAGACACUUAAAAGCAGUAUUCCUUAUGAAAUAUCUCUUUAAAACCCUGUGAGGAGUUUUUUCUUGGUAUGGGAUGGACUGGAAUUAUUUCUGGUGCCUUUAUAUGAGCUACAAAAGCAAAUAAGACCCCUUCUUUAUCUGAAAUACUUAUUGAAUUUAUCUUUUUUAAUAAGUCCGUUUACAGAGUGUUGAAGAAACAUCUGUUGAUUUUAAUUAGAAGUUUCUUGAAGUAUUAACUAAAAGUAACAAAAGGUGAAGUGAAGCUGUGGACUAGAGCUGGAUGGAUUUCUUUAACAGUGGCUCACUAACGAAUAAAAAACAUCUUUGAAAAAAAAAAAAAACUUUUGGAGUUUAAACGACUUUUUAUGGACUGAACUCUGCCAGAUGUUCCCAAGAUCGGCAGAUAAUGCCUCAUCAUCAGUUUGUUCUGAAGCACUGGUGACAUUUGAAGCUGCGAACGUUAAUAGUCAUGUGACGUUUGAUCCUCGAUAUAAUCUCUGACACUUUAGACUGAAGCCCUGAGGCGUUCACGAAAAUAAUACAAACUUCAGAGCUCCAGUAUCUCUGCUACUCUUUUCAGUUUCACUUAUAGUCUGUCUGCUGCUGGAGACGCCUUCAUCUGAACAAAGAGAUGUGAGAUCGGUGUCAAUCUGAUCAUCUUUGUUUGAGAUCAAAUCAGCACAUUUCCUAAAAGUGAUUUAUGAAAAAGACAUGACUGCAUAAUGAUGAUGAGGAUAUUGAUGUUUUAUGGUGCGGUAAGUUGACCUGUUUGCUCGUCUUGGACACGCAGCUCAAAGCUCUUUCAGACGUAAGUGUUUGGGUUUUUCCUCACACCUGAACUCGUGUAGUCCUCAGGAGGAAUCGUUUGCAGAGAAGCACCACCACGAAGAAAACAAAAGGUUUCUUUAAAGUUUAGUAAACUACGAGACUGAUUUAAAAAAAAAGUUAAAAUCUGCAGGGUCCAGCUGAAAACGGUGCUUCUCUUCAUCCCUCUUCCUCUCUGGGAGUGAUCAGCUGUGUCUGAAGCAGUGAAACCCUCUAGAGUGAGCCGAGUAGAAGCUUUUCCUUUAGAAAACCUCCAGAGUCUGUGGUGACACACUGAGCAGCUCUUUGUGUAAAAUCACUGAACAGGAAUAAAUGACUGAUUCAGGCUCGUAUUCACAUGAUGAGUAAACUGGUUAUUUUGGAGCCAAAUGUUUUCAAAUGAAUAUUUCAAUAUGAACCAAAAUCACAAACAGGUUUUUAUCAGUGGGCCUUUCCUGAAAAUCUACAACUCCAGAGAAUGACGUUGGAAACUGCAGACGGACGUCUGUGUGAAGCAUAAUUUUAAUGUUUCAUCAACCUCUGUCCAAAAGAGUCUCGACUCUGGAAAACCUCAGAAAAUCUGUCAGCGGUUUGAUUCCUGAGAUCCAAAAAGUCUCCAACUUUUAGGUUUCCCUCCAGACAUGAGAAUCCAUUCAUUUCCACUGAAGUUUACCAUCAUUGAAACAAAAUUCAUCCAAUUAACACAGCUGAUCUAAAUCACUGUAAAUUAAAAACCUCUAAAUUUAAAUGACAGAAACAUGUAAAAACUCCGAUGUUAUCCAAAUAACUCAUAAAUCCUCAGGCUGUGGUUUCACUCGUUUACAAUCCUCCUCCUGCCAGUAAGUGAGUCACCUUUUGACAGCCUUUCUCAGACCGAAGAUAAACUUUGUGUUUCCUUUCAUUCUUUAAAAAUCAGCAGUAGAGUUUUUUUUCCUGCAGCUUUUGUUGAACUCAGUUGUUUUUUUUCCCUCUGUGCUGUCAUGUGGGGGCAUCUUUUAUAAGUAAAUGUGCGUCAGUCCGUCUAAUGAACUUAAAGUAUAAAUAUUUAGGCCGAGUAAUAAGACUGGGACAGUAGAGGAAACUGAUCGUCACAGCUGUAAUGACUAAAACACAUUUGACCGCUUCUCCAGUCUCUUUUUAAGGCAGUAAUAACUUUUUGAACUCUUAGUGGAGGUCUGUGUUUUUAUUUAUUUACGAUGUGAUUCUCUGCAUGCUAUCUGUCUGUUUGUCUGUCAAUGUGUGUGUCUGUCUGUCUGUCUGUCUGUCUGUCUGUCUGCCUGUCUGUCUGCAGGGUUCUGGAUGGACAUCGGUCAGCCUAAAGACUUCCUGACAGGAAUGUGUAUGUACCUUCAGUCUGUACGACAACACGCUCCCGAGAGACUACGCACAGGGCCUGGUUUCCUUGGCAACGUUCUAGUGGUGAGUUCAGCUCUCUGCUGACAACAUACGAUGUAAAGAACCGUACCGUUUCAAAACUCUCUGCCCUCGUCGGCCCCUUCAGGACCCGACAGCACAGAUCGGAGAGAACUGCACCAUCGGUCCGAAUGUCACCAUCGGGGCAGGCGUGGUGGUGGAGGACGGGGUGAGGAUAAAACGCUGCACAGUGCUGAAGGGAGCGCGGGUGAGAUCGCACUCUUGGCUGGAGAGUUGCAUUGUCGGGUGGAGCUCCUCUGUGGGACAGUGGGUAGGUGACGGACACAUUCUUCCACAUCGCACAAAACCGUCGUUUUACUCCCAGGGUUAUUGUUUGUCCCGUCACUCACUGUUUCCAUGGAUACUGGUCCCAGCUGUGCUCAGGUGUGAUAACGGCUCGCCUCCUGCUUUAUCUGUCUCCAGGUUCGUAUGGAGAACGUGACGGUUUUGGGAGAGGAUGUGAUCGUGAAUGACGAGCUUUACCUGAACGGCGCCAACGUCCUGCCUCAUAAAUCUAUCAACGAGUCGGUCCCAGAGCCACGAAUCAUCAUGUAGCGCAGAGCGGAGGAAAAACAAAAACCCAGCGCCUUUUUUUAUACGAACUUGACUGAACACCCAAGCUGUGCCAGAGAGAGAGUAAGAGGGACAAACAAAAGGGUGGCGUAGGGAGAAAAGGAAGAGGAGACAUUUAUUUUCCCAUUUUUCUUAAUUUGGACUCGUUUUUUCGCCCUGCACAGCUGCAUCUUACUCCGAUAAGAGAAACAUCCAACGCUAACGGCAGACAGAAAAUGUCAUGCAUGAAUUUUGCUUUAAUUAAAACCAGGUGAGGGAGGGGGCUAGUAUACCUGAGCUGGUUCAGAAGGUGGAGGGACUAACAUGAGGUGUAUUAAGAUGGAGGACAUACUGUUCGACUCACUGUGCUUUCCCAUCUCAAUAACAGAGCAUCAAAAUAAAUCCUGACUGAUGUUUUUAGAGAUGAAUCAUCAUGAGGGACUCUGGACGGGCAUGUUGAUCAAAGACAGGUGUUGGUUACAGUCACAGCUUCGUUCAAAGAUGCAUUUUUUGGCCUCUGGGGGGCAGCAGAACGAGACGAACACACACCAUCCUACAUGUAAAUUCACUCUGGCUAAUAAUGAAGCAAAGUGAUGCUCAGAGGAACACUCACGUUAUGUUUAUACCCAUCUGAUGAAUGUAGUUUUUUAUUAGAAACGCAAGUUAGUUUAAUCAGUUACAGAGGAAGUGUUUUUCUGCCAUGAUGGACUUUUUGUUUUUUAUUUUGUCGUGAAAACUGUGCGCUUCAAGGCCAAACCUGCCUGCAAAAAGUGAACAAAGUGUAGCGGACUUUACUUUACAGGUUUGUGUUUUCAGUUUACAGAAAUUAGAGACGGACGGUGGGACAAAAUCUGGGACUCUUGGCUGUUCUCCUCAUACUACUCAAAUGAAAGGGAUGGAUUAGCUCAUUCUGUAGAUGUCUGUUUUCUUAAAGGUUCAGAGGGUUAUUUCAGUGUUCAACAGGAGUGAGGUUAAAGGUUAGGGAUGCAGGUCCGUUCAAACUCUCAGCAAACUCCUCCUUAUGGUCCUCCGGUUAUCUGUUCAGAGAGUGAUGAAGUAAAAAUCUCAUGUCUAUACACAGACCUGGAUCUGGAGUUAAAAGCAUGAUUACAGCCGAUCAGCAACCCCUGACUGAUAUCUGCAGAGAAAAACAAACUCUGGAACAGAUUUUUAUAGUAACGUUUAAUGUUUUCGAGGCAUUUUCACCUCAGCUUUAAAGCAGACUCUGUUUUUUUGCUCGAUAGUAUUCCAUCCAGUGUGAAAGAAAAGUAUCAGCCAAAAUGCAGCUAUCAUCAGAAACCUGCGUAUCAGUGCAGAUAACGAUUUGUUUGACAACAUUGUCUCUCUACCUCAACUCUGUUCUUGUAUCUAGAGUUGCCGGUGCUGUAAUGAUGAGCUGAUUUAGAUCUUUCUCUAACAGGAGCUGCCCCAAAUGACUCUCCCUAUCGAGUUCAUGUUGACCAAUCAUGUAUAAGCAGGAAAAACAGUCUGUAUGGAGAGCAAAAGCAGGUGGAGCCCCUUCUGUGGUGAUAUCGCAGCUUCUAUCAGCGGCAAUCUGACAACUCCUCUUGAGGAUAGACGUGACAAAGAUUUAAGUUCUGCAAACCUGCAUCAUGAUCGUGAACGUUAGACCCAAUAACAGCCAGUCAGUCUCACAAAAAUCUGUUUCUUUUUCGGGUUCACACAUAAACCAGAUAAACAGACAGAGGACGUAAUGAACAAAGACAAAGUGGGAGAAAAUGUGAAAUCCUCUACUCUGAAGUCAGUCACAGUGUUCUCAUCUCUGCAGAUGCUCCCUGUAGAUCUGACUAGUUACUGAGCAGGUGAACACGUGCAGCAGGUGAACGGUUGAGUGGCUCCUUGUUAUUAUGCAGUAAGUGAUAAACAGUGUUUAGAUCUCUGAACAUGUUUCAACUGGAUGAAGUGAAAUCUUGUAAUGAAGACUUUUUUUAAGAGAAUAAUAUAAUCUACUGACCACAUUCA